AUGUUGUAUCACACAACAUGGUUUGUGGCGAUAUUAGAUCCCAUCAAGUAUAUUUUUGAAAACCCCUUCCUGUUUGGAAGAAUAGCUCGAUGGAAAGUGCUAUUGUCUGAGUAUGAUAUUGUGUAUGUGUCCCAAAAAUCAAUCAAAGGGAGCGCCAUCGCUAAUUUCCUCGCAAAUCGAGCAAAUGAGGAUUAUGAAUCUGUAAGUUUUGAUUUUUCAGAUGAAGAUUUGAUGGUCGUCUUGCACAUAGAAAAAGAUAGUCCCAAUGAACUUAAUCCAUGGAAGAUGUAUUUUGAUGGAGCAUCCAAUGCUUUGGGGCACAAAAUUGGGGCAGUGUUGAUUUCUCCAAAUGAAAAGUACUAUCCAGCCACGGUGAGAUUGAAUUUCAAUUGUACUAAUAAUAUAGCGGAGUAUGAGGCGUUGGUAAUGGGAUUACAAGCAGCAAUCGAGAUGAAAGUCAGCGCGAUAGAGGUUUACGGAGAUUCGGCUUUGGUGAUAUGUCAAAUGAGAGGCGAAUGGGAAACUAGACAUUUUAAACUAGUUCCAUAUAAAAAGCUGGUUACAGAAUUAAGCAAACAGUUCAAGGAAAUCAGCUUCAACCAUUUUCCUUGA